GAAAACAGUUAUUAAACUUGAACUUUUAGGUGUGAACAUGAAUAGGUUUGAACUUUGAAAGUGGUGGGCCAUUUUACUUUGGAAUUUUGGGUCCUCUUGGGACAAGCAAUCUCAACUCUGAAAAUACUUUCGGUGUCUCUGUGUAUAAUUUUGGACUAUGUGUUCCCUUCCCAAAUCCUACUAUAUAUACCACACAAUCACUCUCCACAUUCUUUCCCUCUACUCUCUCUUCCAUCACUCACUAUCAUCAAACACACUUCAACAACCUUUUGGCUUUUAAUUGUAAAACCUUUACUUUUCAAGUUUCAAUUUUGCAGCUGAAUUAGUUAAAGGGUUAUAUUGCUUAGCCUGGUUCAUAAUUUACUUUGGGGGGUGAAAUUGGUUCAUAAUAAGAGCACUUGAAUUUGUUUUAAAACAAUGAUUCUGGCACAUAAUGGAUGCACACUGUUGAAAUGUCAUUUAUCUCUUGAUAAAAACUAUAUUGUAUACAAAAGUUUCUAUUUUUGGAUUUUUCAGAUUUUUGAUAGGUAUAGUGCUCUUGGUACUUAGUACAUUGUUUGUCCUAAACAAUCUCAGUUUCACUUCUGUUUUUUUUUUUUCUUUAUUAGUAGUAAGGAACAUAGAAAUAUAGAAUGGGAGGGGCUUCAUUGCCGCCGGGUUUUCGUUUCCAUCCAACCGAUGAAGAACUGAUAGGAUAUUACCUGAAAAGAAAAGUUGAGGGACUUGAAAUUGAGCUUGAAGUUAUACCUGUUGUUGAUUUCUACAAAUUUGAUCCAUGGGAGUUACCUGAAAAAUCUUUCCUACCAAAAAGAGAUAUGGAAUGGUUUUUCUUCUGUCCACGAGAUCGCAAGUAUCCAAAUGGAUCAAGAACAAAUAGAGCCACCAAAGCUGGUUACUGGAAAGCCACAGGAAAAGACAGGAAAGUUGUGUGUGAGGCUAGUCCAUUCGUUUGCACCGAGACUGUCACGGGUUACCGCAAGACCCUGGUUUUCUACUGUGGAAGAGCGCCUUUAGGCGAUCGAACCAAUUGGGUCAUGCACGAAUACCGUCUCAACGAUGAUCCUAGCCAAGGCUCAGAGGGUGCUUUUGCUUUGUGCCGAGUUAUUAAAAAGAACGAGAAGGCGAAUGAUUCCCUAGGGCAUGGAGGAAAGAGGGUUAAAGCUAAUGACAGGAGCAAUUCCAUUUCCACCGAUGGGAUGGAGGUUUCUUGUCAGGCAAGUCAAAUGUGCAGUGGAAGUGAGAGUCAUUAUUCAAGUCCUAUUAAUUUCCCAAACAAUGUGCCUAAUAUGGCUGGAUUCGAGCAAGCUUCCUCUGAUACCAAUCCUUCAACCUUCUGGCUCUCCCCUGACAUGAUUCUCGAUUCUUCAAAGGAGUACUCUCAAGUGCAGGUACAAGAUCUCAAUGGAUGUUUCCCACAACAACAUGACUUAUUGAGUUCAAUGACACCUUGGCAAUCAUUUGAACAUACUGAAAUCUCACCAUGUUCAUCCCACUCAAAUUUUAACGCGGACAUUGAAUUUUCCGAUGCACUUAGUCGAAUCGGUUGCAUUUCACCCUACACGGGACAAGGAAACUUCAUGGACUUGCCUUAUGAAUGCUAUGAUCAAAUUCCUUCAUUUAGAGAUCCAAACCAGUUCUGAAAAGAAAAAAGGAAUAAGAAUAACAUUAUCCUUCUUUUCUUGCAUUACAAGUUACAAGAUGUUUAAUUUGGUAUGAAGGUCUAAUUCGCAAUCAAAUGAGAGUUUAUGUGAGGGAUUAUAACUCUAGAAAGGAUCUCUGAGACAACGCCUUUUUAUGUCCGUCUUUGAGUGAUAAGCUAUGAUUAAUGAAUCCAAUCCCUUCAAAUGCACCAGACAAAUACUAUUGAGUUCUCAAACUUCUCUUCACUUAGUCGAUUUGUAUUGUAUUAUUAUAUUGUGUAGGUUUCCCGGGUGACAUCACUUUUUUAGAUUUCAUCCGAAUUUGGUUUAAAUCGGUUUAUUGUAUUAUUAUAUGUGUGGAUUAUGCUUGUGGACAAAGCAAGACUCAUGUUUCUACUUUUAGUUACGGUAGCCGCAAUUUAUCUUUUAUCAGUGAUUUGUUCUCUUCAAUUU